UUCCUUUAGUGUGGUCCACCUGAGAUUUGGAUCUUCUAAAAUUUUCGUCUCAAUUCAUAAAUUGGUCUCGAGAAACGGAUGGACGGCGUGGAUAUAAUACACGUACAUCAGGGAAGGCCCCACAAUCGGGGAUCCACCGAAACCGCGUCCAGUGUUUUCCGCGCGGCCUCGACGGUCUUUCUCGCCCUCGUUGCUUGAGAGGAAAGGAAAAUCCAACAAGGAAAUCAAAAGCAGCAAUCGCAGGCAUCUCUCUCUCUCUCUCAACAGAUCAAUGGAUCCAAAGCAACAUGCUAACUGGUCGCCGUACGACAACAACGGAGGGACAUGUGUGGCGAUCGCGGGCUACGAUUACUGCGUGAUUGCUGCCGAUACCCGGAUGUCCACCGGCUACAGCAUCCUCACCCGCGAUUACUCCAAGAUCUCCAAAUUAGCUGACAAAUGUGUUAUGGCCUCCUCUGGCUUCCAGGCAGACGUGAAAGCUCUACAAAAGAACUUGGCAGCCAGGCACCUGAUCUAUCAGCAUCAACACAACAAGCAGAUGAGCUGCCCUGCUAUGGCCCAGCUUCUCUCCAAUACCCUUUAUUACAAACGCUUCUUUCCUUACUAUGCUUUCAAUGUCCUAGGCGGCCUUGACAAUGAAGGAAAGGGUUGUGUGUUCACAUACGAUGCAGUUGGAUCAUAUGAGAGAGUUGGAUACAGCUCCCAAGGUUCUGGUUCUACACUCAUCAUGCCUGUUUUGGACAACCAACUGAAAUCUCCUAGUCCUCUUUUGUUACCCGCAAAGGAUGCCGUGACUCCAUUGUCUGAGUCAGAAGCUGUUGAUAUGGUAAAAGAUGUUUUUGCUUCGGCAGCUGAAAGGGAUAUCUACACUGGAGACAGAGUAGAGAUAGUCAUUGUUAAUGCUGGUGGCAUUCGGCGAGAGUAUACAGAUCUCCGGAAAGACUAACAUCUCAUCUGCUGUCGCUAGCUGUGGUGGAUCUUUGGUUGCUUCCAAGUCCAUCAAAUACUUGUGUUAGCUUCUUAGGAAAUGAUAUCAAACAAUUUCACUUCAUUAUUUUAAAGAAAUAUGAUGCAUGCAGACAUGUUUCUGUGUUCCUCAAAAUAAAAUGGAUGAUUUGAAUUUAUGCCCA